UCUCACAGCUGAGAGAUCAUGCAAUUAUGUAAUUGUAUCACAAAUAGAAGCCAGAGACAUGGUUGAAUAUUGUAUGCAUUGAUAGAAUAGAACUGUAAUUUAUUUCAGGAUAGCCAUGAGGGAAAAAUUUGCUUUUCAACACAGGCUUUUCAAACAUUGUACAGUACAUUAUACAAUUUGACACAGCUUGAAAAUAUCAUGGUUUGAAUGUAUUUUUCUUUUUAUCUUGUCUUUGCAGAGAGGAAUAAUCGGGGCUCUUUGCAGAGAGGUGUAAUCGGGACAGAAACAGAAGCCAUCAAUUCUAUGCACUUGGUUGAACUUCUGAAAACGACCAAACAAAACUCUAAUGUCAGAACGAUAUUUGACCUGGAAAAGCAUCGGAGGAAGCGGUCCGCACUCUUCCACUCUGGAGUGAGAGUCUGUCCUCAGGAGACCAUCAAUGAGGUCAUUGCCAGCCAUCAAGCCUACUACAGGCUCAGAGUUUGCCAGGAGGCUGUGUGGGAGGCCUUCCGGAUCUUCUUUGACAGGAUCCCUGUCACUACAGAGUACACAACAUGGGUUCACACAUGUCAACACGAGUCUCUGUGUCUCGCUGACCUGGCCACUAACUUCAGCAACUCAGAGGAGCACAUGAGUAUGGUGUACAGGAGGAUGAAUCUGCGAGACGAGAGGCAGUCGACUGGAGCAGAAGCAGCUGCAACCACAGCAGCACCAGAGGUCACUGAGAUAGCAGGUCCAGAAGAGACCCAGACUGCUGCACCAGAACCACCCACUCCUGUGACCAGCGAUGCCAGUGUCCCUGAUGCUCCUGAGGAUACAGUCGAAGAAGAAGUAGAAGAAGAAACCGCUGCUGAGGAGGACUCUGAGCUGCCCAACAUUGUCCCGGAGAACCAUGUGGAGGAAAUAGUGGAGUUCACCAUUGACCUGGUGGACCCAGGCUACAGGGAGCUACUGGACGACCCUGACUCCCCCCAAUAUGUUGACCUCUCUCAUCACCUGCAAGACCAGAUGCUCCAUGUUUUUGACAAGCUCCCAGGAUUUAAAGAGAUCAGUGUUUUGGGAAUCAGACCUGGAGGAGUGACAGUGCACUAUUCUCUGGUCUUUCAGACAAUUUCAGAGGAUGACACAGGGACUCCAGUGUCAGCUGUGCACAGCCUGCGGGAAAUGGUGGCCAAGGCUUUGAGUGAAGAGGCCUCUCUGCCAGUGGAUCUACAGUCAUUAAACUUUGAACCAGUAAAAAAGAUUCCACAAACUACAACACCUGUUAAGGAAGCUGUCGAGGAAACGAUUGAAGAUUCCAGUGAGCCAGCUUUCCACAAUGAUCUGGACAUAUCCACAGAUGAGCCAGAGCUUGCUAUGGAGAAGCCUCGUCUGGAUGUUCCACUUGGCCCUGUGGAAAAGGAAAAUGCGCUCGUCACCCUCCUGGACUCUACAGAUAUGCCAGAUAAAGAAGAAGCAGCAGCACCACCAGAGAGAGGAGAUGUGCCCUACAUUUACAUGGAUACUAGUGAUGAAUUAGUGGAGAGUAAAUCUGAAGCGACAACUGAACCAGAGGAAGAGGUGCCAUUUAUCACACACAUGAUUGAAACCAUUCAAGCCAUUGAUGAGGGAACUGGUGAGCUUGUAAGAGACUAUUUCCCAACCUCUCCUGCUGAGGAAUACCCUGAGCCACCUUUUGGUAAUUUAGUCCCUACUAAUGGGUACCCUGUUUUACCCCAUGAGGAUUUGGAUAUUACCUCCGCUCCUGAAAUAAAAAGUAUAGAAACUAAUGCUCCAGCUAAACUCCUUCCUAACUUGAUAUCAGAGGAGGAGGCUGUUGUUGAGAAGGAGGCUGAGCCUACUCUAACCACUCAGAUUAAGCUUACCACAGCCAUUGCCACUGAGGAAGAGGUAUCUAACCCUGGAUUACCUGUGACGACUCUCUCAGCCAUCACAGAUCAGCCUGCCACUGAAGCAAUAGAGGACUUUGAAGAUGAGGUUGAUAUUAUCCAUAUUCCGAUUGAAGGGGAAGAGGUUGAGGAACCAGAGCCUGAGGAAGAAGUAGUUGAACCAGAACCUGAGGAAGAAGUAGUUGAACCAGAGCCUGAGGAAGAAGUAGUUGAACCAGAGCCUGAGGAAGAAGUAGUUGAACCAGAACCUGAGGAAGAAGUAGUUGAACCAGAACCUGAGGAAGAAGUAUUUGAACCAGAACCUGAGGAAGAGGUAGUUGAACCAGAACCUGAGGAAGAAGUAUUUGAACCAGAACCUGAGGAAGAAGUAGUUGAACCAGAACCUGAGGAAGAAGUAGUUGAACCAGAACCUGAGGAAGAAGUAGUUGAACCAGAGCCUGAGGAAGAGGUAGUUGAACCAGAACCUGAGGAAGAAGUAGUUGAACCAGAGCCUGAGGAAGAGGUAGUUGAACCAGAACCUGAGGAAGAAGUAUUUGAACCAGAACCUGAGGAAGAAGUAGUUGAACCAGAACCUGAGGAAGAAGUAGUUGAACCAGAACCUGAGGAAGAAGUAGUUGAACCAGAGCCUGAGGAAGAGGUAGUUGAACCAGAACCUGAGGAAGAAGUAGUUGAACCAGAGCCUGAGGAAGAAGUAGUUGAACCAGAACCUGAGGAAGAAGUAUUUGAACCAGAACCUGAGGAAGAAGUAGUUGAGAUCUCAGAACCUGAAAAAGAGGUAGUUGUGGAACCAGAACCUGAGGAAGAAGUAGUUGAACCAGAACCUGAGGAAGAGGUAGUUGAGAUCUCAGAACCUGAAAAAGAGGUAGUUGUGGAACCAGAACCUGAGGAUGAAGUAGUUGAACCAGAACCUGAGGAAGAAGUAGUUGAACCAGAACCUGAGGAAGAAGUAGUUGAGAUCUCGGAACCUGAAAAAGAGGUAGUUGUGGAACCAGAACCUGAGGAUGAGGUAUUUGAGGAACCAGAGCCCAAUGAAGAUGUAGUUGAAGAUCCAGAACCUGAGGCAGAUGUAGAUGAGGUCUUGGUAGCUGAGGUCUUGGAACCUGAGGAAGAAGUAGUUGAGGAACCAGAACCUGGUGAAAAGGUAAAUGAGGUCUCGGAACCUGAGGAAGAGGUAGUUGAGGUCAUGGAACCUGAGGAAGAGGUAGUUGAACCAGAACCUGAGGAAGAGGUAGUUGAGGUGUCGGAACCUGAAAAAGAGGUUAUUGAGGAACUACAAACUGAGGAAGAGGCAGUUCAGGUCUCAGAACCUGAGAAAGAGGUAUUUCAGGAACUAGAGCCAGAGGAAGAGGUAGUUAAGGCACCAGAACCUGAGGAAGAGGUAGUUGAGGAACCAGAGGAAGAGGUAGUUGAGCACUUGGAACCUGAGAAAGAGGUAGUUGUGGAACCAGAAACUGAGGAAGAGGUAUUUGAGGAACCAGAGCCUGAGCAAGAAGUAACUGAGGAACCAGAACUUGAGGAAGAGGUAGUUGAAGAACCGGAGCCCAAGGAAGACGCAGUUGAGGAACCAGAACCUGAGGUAGAGGUAGAUGAGGUCUUUGUAGUUGAGGUCUUGGAACCUGAGGAAGAAGUAGUUGAGAACUUGGAACCCGAGGAAGAGGUAGCUGAGGAACUAGAACCUGGUGAAAAGGUAGGUGAGGUCUUGGAACCUGAGGAAGAAGUAGUUGACGAACUUGAACCUGGGGAAGAGGUAGUUGAGGAACUACAAACUGAGGAAGAGGUAGUUGAGGUCUUGGAACCUGAGAAAGAGGUACUUGAGGAAAUAGAACCUGAGGAAGAGGUAGUUGAGGAACCAGAGGAAGAGGUAGUUGAGCUCUUGGAACCUGAGGAAGACGUAGUUGAGGAACUAACACCUGAGGAAGCGGUAGUUGAGGAACCAGAGCCUGAGGAAGAGGUAGUUGAGGAACCAAAGCUUGAGGAAGUGGUAGUUGAGGAACUAGAAUCUGAGGAAGAGGUAGUUGAGGAAUUAGAACCUGAGGAAGAGGUAAUUGAGGAACCAGAGCCUGAGGAAGUGGUAGUUGAGGAGCCUGAGGAAAAGGUCAUUGAGAAACCAGAGCCUGAUGAAGAGAUAGUUGAAAAACCAGAGGAAGAGGUAGUUGAGGAACUAGAACCUGAAGAAGAGGUAGUUGAAGAACCAGAACCUGAAGAAAAGGUAAUUGAGGUUUCGGAACAUGAGGAAAAGGUAGUUGAGAAAACAGAAGAAGAGGUAUUUGAGGAAUCAGAACCUGAGGAGGUUGUUGAGGAACUAGGACCUGAGGAAGUGGUUGUUGCGGAACUAGAACCCGAGGAAGAGGUAGUUGAGGAACUAGAACCUGAUGAAGAGGUAGUUAAGGAAGCAGAGCCUGAGGAAGAGCUAGUUGAGGAACCAAAGCCUGAAGAAGAGGUAGUUGAGGAACCAGACCCAGAGGAUGAGGUAGUUGAGGAACCAGAGCAUGAGGAGGAGGUAAUUGAGAAAUCAGAGCCUGAGGAAGACAUAGUUGAGGAACCAGAGGAAGAGGUAGUUGAGGAACUAAAACCUGAGGAAGAGGUUGUUGAGGAACUAGAACCUACGGAAGAGGUAGUUGAGGAACCAAAGCCUGAGGAAGAGGUAGUUGAGGAACCAAAGCCUGAGGAAGAGGUAGUUGAGGAACCAGAACCUGAGGAAGAGGUAAUUGAGGAACUAGAACCUGAGGAAGAGGUUGUUGAGGAACUAGAACCUGAGGAAGCGAUAGUUGAGGAACUAGAACCUGAGAACGCGGUUGUUGAGGAACUAGAACCUGAGGAAGAGGUAGUUGAGGAACCAGAACCUGAGGAAGAGGUAGUUGAGGAACCAGAGCCUGAGGAAGAGGUAAUUGAGGUCUUGGAACAUGAGGAAAACGUAGUUGAGGAACCAGAACCAGAGGUUGAGGUUGUUGAAGAAGCAGAAUAUGAGGAAAGGGUAAUUGAGGAAUCAGAGCCUGAGGAAGACAUAGUUGAGGAACCAGAGCCUGAGGAAGCGGUAGUUGAGGAACUAGAACCUGAGGAAGAGGUUGUUGAGUUACUGGAACCUGAGGAAGAGGUAGUUGAGGAACCAGAUUCUGAGGAAGAGGUAGUUGAGGAACCAAACCCAGAGGAUGAGGUAGUUAAGGAACCAGAACCAGAGGAUGAGGUAGUUGAAGAACAAGAAUAUGAGGAAGAGGUAGUUGAGGAACCAGAGCCUGAGGAAGAGGUAGUUGAGGAACCAAAGCCUGAGGAAGAGGUAGUUGAGGAACCAGAACCAGAGGAUGAGGUAGUUGAAGAACCAGAAUAUGAGGAAGAGGUAAUUGAGGAAACAGAACCUGGGGAAGAGGUUGUUGAGGUCUUGGAACCUGAAGAAGAGGAAGUUGAAGAACCAAUGCCUAAGGAAGAGGAAGUUGAAGAACCGGAACCUGAGGAAGAGGUAGUUGAAGAUCCAGGACCUGAGGAAGAGGUAGUUGGGGUCUCGGAACCUGAGAAAGAGGAAGUUGAAGAACCAAUGCCUAAGGAAGAGGAAGUUGAAGAACUGGAGCCUGAGGAAGAGGUAGUUGAAGAUCCAGAACCUGAGGAAGAGGUAGUUGAGGAAACACAGCUUGAGGAAAAUAUUAGUGAGCCACCAGCUGAAGAAAUUAAAAUCAUCCAACCUGUGGAUUCUUUAGAGGAAACUCUAUUUGGAGAGGAAACCUGGAAAUCUGAUCCUGUUGAAGAGGACAAUAUUGUCCCAAUAGAAGAACAGGAGGACAUGGAGAAACUGUUGCCUGAAUACCACGGGUAUGAGGACAGCUAUCCUGAAGAAGCUGUUGAUACUGUGGAAGAAACAGAUGACACAGCAGAGGUCAGUGAAGUGGAAGUUGCUCCAUUGCCAGAGGAGAGUGAAGAGAAGAUAGCAGUGAUAGCAGAACCCAUCCCUGACUCUACGUCAACACCACCUGCAGAAUCUGACACUGUGCCUGUGGUAGAUGUAACAGAGUCACCUUCAGAGUUAGAGCUUAUGGUGGAUACUGAGGAGCCUGAGGUGGUUGUUAUCGAUGAAGAGGCUGAAGAGGAGGUCGUAGAGGUCUCAGAACCUGAGGACGAGCGUGUGCAAGACCUUGCAGACGAACUUGACCAAGUGGACCUGGUGAGCACAGAGCCCAUUAACCUUCCAGAGGCCAGUGGAUACUCAUUGGCUCCUGAGGCGCACCCCGUCGAAACCACAGCUUCUCCACCACUGAGAUAUCUGACCACUCCCUCCAUGACCACGGCGAGUAAAGGCAGGGAGCUGGUGGUGUUCUUCAGUCUACGGGUUACUAACAUGAGGUUCUCAGAUGACCUCUUCAACAAGAGCUCUUCAGAAUACAGAUCCCUGGAGAACACAUUUUUGGAACUGCUGCUGCCUUACCUGCAGUCCAAUCUAACAGGAUUCAAGAAGCUAGAGAUUCUUAACUUCAGGAAUGGCAGCAUUGUGGUCAACAGCAAGAUGAAGUUCACCAAGUCAGUGCCAUACAACGUGACCCAGGCCGUCCACUGUGUCCUGGAAGACUUCUGCAACGCUGCAGCCAUGAGACUCAACAUUGAGAUUGACAGUCACUCUCUGGACAUAGAGCCUGCUGAUCAAGCAGAUUCCUGUAAGUUCUUGGCGUGCAACGACUUCUCUCACUGUGUGGUGAAUCGAUGGUCCAGGGAGGCUGAAUGUCUCUGUAACCCGGGGUACAUGGCUCUGGACGGCCUGCCCUGUCAGAGUAUCUGUGUCCUGCAGCCUGACUACUGCCAGAACGGGGGCCAUUGUGAGAUAGUACCAGGGCAUGGAGCCACUUGCAGAUACCCAGAAAAGUAUACAUCUUCCAGGCCUGACGAAUUAAGUACACCGAGUGUUGAAUGACAACACCACGUAUUGAGACUUGGCAACUGCAGAAAAGACACGGGAAUGUUAAUAAACGACAGCUAAUCGCAGAUGCAGAUCACGGACGAUGUUGUGAUUGCAGAAAGACAUUGACCUGUUGGCUACUGAUGGACAGACAGGCACUCAGCCAGACAACCCCUUCAUUUGACCUUUCCAAAGCCUGUGUUUUACCAGAAAGGAUACUCCCAUUUUCUGUCAAACAGACAUUCAGGCGAACUCUGUGGACAGCCGUACUCGAUCAUUGUCAUUUGUUCACUGAUGACUCGGGAACGACAGAUGAAUGUCAAACGGAUGUGGUCAUUUUGCUAUGGCAUCCCAGGACAGCUAACCGCUUUUAUACAUAUAUGUGCUGACAUUUAUUUUAGUAGUGAAAGUGUUAAUGUAAAAUGCCAGAUAAAGUUACAAGAAAUGUUUUCCUCAUAAUGAGGUACUUAUGUUGCAACGUUGUAUAGGGAAUAACACAUACUGUACACCUGUGUGGGUGAUGUAUCAUUAACAUCUGUCUCUGUAAUAAUGUAAUGGUGUUUCCUCGGUGUUGUAAAAACUACUGUUCUGUACACGUCGGGGAAAUGAAUUGCUCACCAUCUUCAAUAGGGCUUUUUUAAAACUAUUUCCUCACAGAACGAUCUGUAUUUUUUGUUGCUGUAGCAUUGAGUAACAGAACGUAAAACACGAGGAGCAAUAUCAGUUGAGUGAAAGAAGUGUUUAUUUCAACAGUUAGAGAUCAGCAUUAGAAAAAAAAAGUGACAGUGAAAAGGCAGUAUUUGAGGAAUGAUUGUAACGCGUGGAGAGACACACAGAGCAUAUCGAAGCCAGUCAGUAAUUGGUUGUACAUUACAAGAGAUAUUCCAGGAGACCACACAGUACAGUAGUAUACUCUGGUGUUCAAAGUCAUAAAUAAAUACUUAGAUCUAAACUGAAGAAGACAUGGCUCAGACACGAGCGCGUAGAUCUCAUGCAUUCAAACAACCACGACGUCGCCUUUUCGCUUGUGCAGAGCGUCAAAGGGAAUGAGAAGCAGCGCUAGAAAACAACCUCCAGACUAACAAAUCAGCCUUACCUGAAGAGAGUAGUUCUAGUCUCACAAGAGAUUGUCUCUAAAACACACAGUACUGUACAUGACAAAGGCUGCCCUUCUCCUUGUAGCUUUUGUUUGGAGGAAUUAUUGCUUCAUUUUAAAGUCGUUUUUUCUUUUUUUUCAAGAAACAUGAGUCAUGUGCCCAAACCCUUUGAUUUUAGAGUAGAAAGAUUUCUUUUGAAAAUAAAUGUGUACAUUCCUGUAGAAACAUUACUCUCUUUGUAUCAUACACUUAUAUAAAAUAUUCUGUACGUAAGUGUCUAUUGCAAUAUGAGAUGAUAUAUGCAGGAGAGGGAAGACUAGCUGACUACUGUAUCUGAGCUUGAGGUCUUCUUGACCCCUCCAACUUCAUUCCUCCAUUCAGUUCGGCUCCCAUACACACAUUUGGUCCAACAGUAUGACUUGAAUGUUAUUUUGAAAUCCUAGAGUAUCUGAAGAUUUGUAUGGUUCACUUCUGGUAAUUCACAUCGUAAAUUAAAUUUGAUUAGCACAAUAUUUGGAAUAUCAUAGCCUUGUGUGGACAACAUGAAACAAUGCAUUUCAAUUUCAA